CUGUACUCUAGCGGGAUAAAUGUGCAGUAAUAAACCCAAUUAGUCUAUAACUGGGGACUGGGGACAAUAAUAAAAAAAAAAUGACUGAUCGAUCGAUGAUCGAUUGUAGGUUUAGGUACUUUACAUUAGGGUACUACCUAGGUGAUUGUUUGUUUUGAGGUUAUAUAAAGUAUAUACAUUAAUUAAUGAUAUAUUUUGAAUUGCAUGGGUUCAUGCAUGUUUCAUUCGUGAUUGAUUUAAUUUGAAUUCUGUUUUCCGUGUUGUUACACGCAGAUACACGACGCACUCGACGUAUCUAUGAGAUCUUUGAUAUAAUAUUAAUAUACCUAAUAUUGCAAAUCAGAUGAAGGACUUGCCGUACGCAGACUUCCAAGACCUCAUAGUCCCAUAUUGCACAGCCUCUUAAAUUUAAAGCAGUGCAGAACAAAGAUGCACGCGGAGGCGGUGUGCGCGGUGCGGGGCUUGGGACGGAUGGCGGCGUGGCGCGCGCACGCGUACGCGGCGCCGCAGGAGCUGCGACUGGACGCCGCGCGCGUGCCGCCGCUGCGCGCGCCCUCAGACGUGCGCGUGCGCGUGCACCAGACCUCGCUCAACCCGCUCGAUGUCGCUAUGACCGGCGGGUACGGGUCCCGCGUGCUGAACACGCUGCGGGCACUAGAGGGCGGAGAAGGGGUGGAGUUCCCGCUGGUGCCGGGGCGAGACUUUGUGGGCGAGGUGGCGGAGGCGGGGCCCGGGGCUCGGCUGCGCCCCGGGUCUCGUGUGUGGGGCGUCGUGCCCCCGCACCGCCCCGGCGCGCAUGCUGACUACGUCGUCCUUGACCAGCGCUGGGUGGGGCCGGCGCCCGCGGCGCUGGGCGCGGCGGCGGGCGGCGCGCUGUUCGCGGCGCUGAGCGCGAGCGCGGCGCUGCGGGCGGCGGGGGUGUGGGGCGCGGCGGGGCGGGGGGCGCGCGUGCUGCUGUUGGGGCUGGGCGGCGUCGGCCACGCUGCGCUGCAGCUGCUCACAUAUCACGGCGCGCAGGUGGUGGUGGGCAGCGCGGGCGAGCAGUCGGAGACCGCGCGGGCGCUGGGCGCCGUCGCCGCGCUCGACCGCCACGCGGCCGACUACCCGCAGGCGCUCGAGCUCGCCGGCCCAUACGAUGCGAUCAUAGACUGUGCGGGUCUGGGCGGAGACGAGGCUGGCGCGCGGCGCUGGCGCUUCAAGCGGUUUGUGACUCUGACCACCCCGCUGCUGCGGGAGACGGACGCGCGAGGGCUGGUGGCGGGCGGGGUGGUGGCCGCGGCACAGCUCGCCGCGCAGUGCCUGAGCGCGGCGAGCGGGGCGUGGAGCGGGGCGGGGAGCGGGGCGUGGAGCGGGGCGGGGAGCGCGCCCGCCUGUCCGCCGCACGUGCGCUGGGCGUACUUCGUGCCGCGCGCUGACGACAUCGAACUGCUCCGGAGACUAGCCGAAAGAGGAGAGUUCACGGUGGCGGUGGAGCGCGUGUUCCCGUGGCGCGCCGCGCGCGCGGCGUACGAGCGCGCGGCGCGCGGGCGCGCGCGCGGCAAGCUGCUGCUCGACUUCACCGACGACGGGCCCGGCGGCGCCUAGCGCCGCGCCGCUGAGAUGUUGCGCUCACAUUCACUUCUAAACUGAACGCUCAUUUCUAUAAGUACAUACGCAUUUUUGUUUUAUCUUUUAUACUUUCUUAUGGUAUCUUGUAUCGUCGAAGUAUUCACUUUAGUUGACAAGACGAAUACUAACUUUGCUCCGCGGUUUAUGAACCCAAUGAAAACUGGCACGCGAGAGAUUAAAAUUGAUAUACAACUUUGUCAAAUAAUGACUAUAAUCCUACAACAUGUUCUUGUACGAUGGAAGUUUUGAAAAAGGCGUUCAUUUGGCGUGGCCAAACACUAAGGUCGCGCCAUUUACGUCAUUACGUGCUGUUUUUCACAUGUGUCAUUUAUUUGCAAUUGUGUGCGUCAGCUCGCAUUUCACCAUUAGGACAACAUUGAAAAAAUAGCAAUAUUUAUUUUUUGUUCGUAGUAAUUACGUAGGGUCGCCGAUCUUUAUGUUCCAUGGAAGCGGAUGAAGGGUCGUGCUAGUAUAGAUGACACAAUGUUAAAUUUUAUUCUUUUAUGAUUAUUUUAUAAGCAUGUAUAUGACGAAAAAGUAAUUCAAGAAACGAACCGUAUGAUAAGAAAACCCCUUCCAUAUACCCCGAACGUAAAUCGCAGAUAUAAUGUUAGUUGCAAGUUACAAUUUGAACGGUCGACUCGAUGAAGAAGAAGAAUGUUAGAAGGACUGGGCUUAGGAACAGCGUAGGACUGCGGCAGUGCGCUGUUCAACUCCCAAUCCUACUAAUUUAUUUAUUUAUUGUUAGGAGAACCAACAGCUAUAAUAUACAGAAUAAUCGCUUGAAAUAAAAAUGGGAAAGCCAAUUAUAGGUUCCCACUGAUAAAAGCAAAAUGGAAGUAAAUAUUUUUGAGCAUCUACUAAUAUUAUUAAUGCGCAAGUUUAUGAAGAUGUAUCUUUGUUACUCUUUCACACGAAAUCUACUAGACGGAUUGUCAUGAUUUUUAGUACACGUGUAGAAUAAAGCCUGGAAUAACGUAUAGGUAUAACGUUUAUCUCGAAAUUCCCACCGGAGCAAAGCCCCGGGGCGUAGCUAGUACUCUAUAUUUUGUGUUUAAACUUUCAAUAAAAACAAUUCAAAUGAAA